AUUCAUCUGUUAACACACCAAACCCUCCGUUGUCUAUUAAAUUUUCCGGGAAAACAUUAGACAAUCUGGUGGCUAUUAUCUACACAGACACGCAUAGAAGAAGCGUUUAUGAUUCCAUAAUUUAACCACGAAUCUUCCCCUAAUCUCUGCGAUUGGAUAAUUUAGAAAACUCACCUCAUCUCUGUAUAUUCAUUAAUUCAUGUAGCAUGAGAUAUGAAGUUUUGUAAGAGAUAUGAGGAGUACAUGCAAGGACAAGACCAUCAAAAACUACCUGGGGUCGGUUUUAAGAAGCUCAAGAAGAUUUUGAAAAAGUGUCGUCGAGAAGAACAGCAGAAUCAUCAGUUUCAUUCGCAGAAUCAAAGUCGUGACGCUCUCCAUGAUUCUUCCACCUGCCCUGACCAUUGUUCUGUUUGCGAUGGAACAUUUUUCCCAUCUCUUCUCAAUGAAAUGUCUGCUGUAGUUGGUAGCUUCAACGAGCGUGCACAAAAAUUGCUAGAAUUGCAUUUAGCUUCAGGUGUUAGCAAAUGCUUUAUCUGGUUCAAAUACAAAAUACAGGGGAACCAUGUUGCUUUAAUUCAAGAAGGCAAGGAUUUGGUCAGUUAUGCUUUGAUAAAUGCGAUUGCCAUGCGUAAAAUACUGAAAAAAUAUGAUAAGGUUCAUUACUCAAAUCAAAGCCAAGUAUUUAAAUCACAAGUCCAAAAAAUGCAUAUCGAGAUCCUUCAGUCCCCUUGGCUGUGUGAACUUAUGGCAUUCCACAUAAAUUUGAGGGAAACAAAGGCCAAGAAAAGGAAAGGUGCUGCAUUUUUUGAUGGUUGUUCCCUCGUAUUUGAUGAUGAUGGAAAACCAUCGCUCUCUUGUGAGCUCCUUGAUUCUGUCAAGAUUGACAUUGACUUGACUUGUUCUAUAUGUUUGGAUACAGUAUUUGAUCCAGUAUCUCUGACAUGUGGUCACAUCUUCUGCUAUAUGUGUUCUUGCAAAGCUGCAUCAGUGACAAUUGUAGAUGGUCUGCAAGCUGCAGAGUCCAGGGAGAAAUGUGCUCUAUGUCGAGAGGCAGGAGUUUACGAAGGUGCUCUUCAUCUGGAAGAGUUGAACAUUUUAUUAAGCAGAAGGUGCCCCGAGUACUGGGAAGAACGGCUCCAGUCUGAAAGAAUGGAGCGCACAAAGCAGGCAAAAGAGCACUGGGAAUCUCAAUGCCGACUAUUCAUUGGUGUCUGAAUAUGAUCUCUUUAUUUAUAUAAACCACCAUGUUUCCGCUGCUUUCUGUGUGACUUGCAGCUUCCAACUAAUUCAUUCAUAAGUUCGUUCAUAUUGCUAUUCUAUAAAGUUUAUUUCAGUAAAUUCAUGAACAUUGUUAUUG